AUGAUGAGAGAGAUGGGUAGUGGACAUGUUUGCCAUGAGCGAGCGAGACAGAUAGUGACGCCACUUUUACCAAAGUCAACAAAAAAUUUAGAUUUUAAAUUCAAUGGCAAUCCUUCAGGUUUAAAACUGAGAGGUAACGUUGAUGAUAACUCUGAAAAAGAUUUGAAUAUUGAUAAAAUUAAAUGUGAUAUUAAACAAAAUAUUAAUGAAACUAUAACACCAAAAAUUGGAAGCGAGAUAGAAAGAAGAAGAAAAGGUGCUAAGUAUGAAGUCAUGACAAUUGAAGAUAAAAUAAAAAAUAUUCAAAGAGAAAUAAAUAGAAACAAACCUUUCACUAGGACAACUGAAUCUCUCAAAAGACUAACGAAAAUUAGAUUAUUGUUGGAGGACAUAAAGGUAUUAUUGAAAAUGGAGACGGAAAAGUAUAAAUAUAAAGAUGAAUUUAAAGAAUAUGUACCUUUUAGCGAUGAUAUAAGUCAUGCAGAUUUUAUUGCGCAGAAAAAAGCCCAAAUUAUGAAGGAUGGCUUAGCGUUAAUACCAGGACUG